UGUGACUGGUGCUUUGGGAAGAAGAAGCAUCCAUUGAUUUUUACGCUGUGCUUUUGCCCUCCGUAUCGAUCUAGUUUAAUUAAGUUUUAAGCCAGUCUUCGCAAUGUUUUGUGCUCCCCUGCCUGUCCGCUCAGAGUUUCCGUUUAGUGUGUUCUAACAGGGCCCUAUAUUAUCAAUUAAAAGCAGUUCGUUGAUGCAUUGCCUCUCGCAUUUCGAAAUGGCCAAGUACAGCUUUAAAACAAUCAGUCAGAAACACAAAACGUUUCCCGCGGACCUUAACAUGUACGGAAUCGGAAUGAAGUGCAAAUCGCAGCUAAUGGAGGAUCAGGAGAACGUGACCCUGAUCAUCAAUCGACGGAACUCAAUUCGGCAGAAGCCGAAAGGCUGGACAUGGACCCUGCUGCGCUGCAGGUGGCAGAAGAAGCUAGUGCUCUUGUUAAUAUUUAUUUGUAUGUGCGUGCUAAUUGUCUUCGCCAAUACGCAUCUACUGGUGCGGGGCAACAUCCUCUCGGCCUUCCUCUCCAGCCGGCUCAAUAAGUUGUCCCAGGCCGAGAAGCAGGAGGCGAGGUAUCCGGCAGAUGUCCAGCUAACGACGGCGCCUGUUCCGCCCGUUUUGAAGCCGACCCACUACCUGCUGAACUACUCGUCCUCCACACACCUGGAGCUGGGAGAUCAGCUCAACGGACUGGCCUCGGACUACAACAUAUUCGUCAUCUACACGCGGGAGAACUACCACUUGAACCUUAAAUUCGACCUAUUUGCACACAGUUUGCUGAAGCACACCAGUGCCCAGCUGCACCUGCACGUUAUCACGGACAGGGAGAGCCAGGCGUCGGUGCUGGAGAUUCUGCAGCGGCAGAUUCGGAGAUUCCGCAGAACGGUGAUAUAUACAAUAUACGAUGUUAAAAUCUGCUCCAGCAUAAUACAAGACAUUGCUGCCAAGCUCUCCCCGUACUUUAGCUCAGCACCCAACUCCUAUUAUAGCGACUCCCUGUUUUUCCUGUCCCUCGGCCUGCACAGGAUCGCCGACAGGAGCCUGAACAGGGCCAUUCUGCUUGAUUGUGAUAUAGUCUUCCGAUCCGAUGUCCGACUGCUGUUCAACGAGUUUGAUAAUUUUCUGCCGCACCAGCUUUACGGUCUAGCUCCGGAACUGACGCCCGUAUAUCGCCAUAUCCUGUACAGGUACCGAGUGCGCUAUCCGAAGACCAGUUUUGGUAACCCGUACUAUCCGAUGAACAACGAAUUAAUGGGCGGAAGCCAGCAUAGUCACCUCCACGGCCACGGCUAUCCCGGUCUCAACUCUGGAGUUGUCCUGCUGCUGCUGAACCGCAUUAGGAACUCCAAGUCCUACCUGGAGAAGCUGACCCACUCGGAGGUGCAUGCGCUGGUGGCUAAGUACUCAUUCAAGGGCCAUCUGGGGGACCAAGACUUCUUUACGCUCCUCGGCUACGAGUACCCCAACUUGAUAUACAGAUUAGACUGCAUCUGGAACCGGCAGCUGUGCACCUGGUGGAAGGAUCAUGGCUAUAGUGACAUAUUCGACGCUUAUUUCCGCUGCGAGGGCAAUAUUAAAAUGUACCAUGGCAAUUGUAAUACGCGAAUUCCAGAAUAAAUGAAUUAAAUUGUUA